GUGACGAGGCACGACAACCAACUAACAUAAAAGUGAAUCUUUCUGCAAUGUUUUUCCUCUCUCUCUCAUUCAUUUGAGUAGAGUUGAUACACUCAGGAGAGAAAAACAAGGACUACAAGUGGGAAAAACCGAGCGACCGGGAAUCAACAGGAGCUUCUGAGCGGACUGUUUCAAGAGGCUUUGAAUAAACAAAAAAGAAGCAGGAAAAUGACCUAAUUAGCCACCAGCGUGAUGGACAACCUGGUGCAAAUGUGUUGGUGGUGGUAAUGUCCCCGGUUUCACCCACAAGGCAAACACAUGCAUCAGUGCAUACACUUGUACGGCACAUUUACAAACCCUGCCCUUCCCUUCCUGCCACUAUCCACCCCAGUCCUCCAUGGAUUCCUACAACUUCCACUUUGAGAGAAUGAGCAACGUGGACCUGCAUCCUCUGAGCCUGCCCGUCAGCCGGCUCUCCCCAGCCAAGUCCAACAGCAGCAUCGUCGACCAGUUUGCCCACCACCAACACGGCAAAGGAGACUCUGCCUACAGUUCCUUCUCUGGUGGGUCCACUGCCCCAGACUACCCUUCUCCCUUCCUGCCAGAUGAGCUGCAGUCCAGCUCCUUCAGCCACUAUGCUGAUCUUAAGUAUGUAAAGUCUAUUUACCACCCCACCCAGGUUCUGCAGUCUGACUCAAAGACCAUGGACCAGCUCUAUCGCUCUGUGGAAGCUAUCUCACAACAAUAUCGCAAUAAUGCCAGCAACAAUGUAAACCACCACAACCACAAUGGCAACGAAAAUUACCAUACCAAUAACAAAGUACUCUCUAAACAAGAGGUGCCUUUGGGGGCUCCGUCCCAAGGUGCUUACCCUGCUGUCCAUCCUCCUCCAGUCCCUGCACGCCUGGAUAGUUUCAUAGCCACAAAAAACUUGGAGAACAGCAGGGUCCACGAACAUGGUACUGAAUUUCAACCACAGCAGCCACAACAACAACCCAGACCCCACAAUCGAUCCCAUCCACAGUCACAUGGUCUGAAUGCUCCGAGGACUGAGACUGCAAACCCAAAAACAGGCAACUCUGGCUUCAAUUCUGAACCAGUGUAUGCAGUUUGGAAGGGCUCUCAACUGCAAGAGCAGCAGCAGCAUCAGGCCCAGCAGCCACCAGUGUACCGCCUUCACCUCCAGCCUCAUGAUCAGACCAGGGCACCAUUGAACCCAGACUACCUUUUCAUCACGGAUAACAAAGCUGCCUCUGAGCAGCAGAAGUCAGCCAACAUUUUAAUCCGGUCACCUCCCCGAGGCACAAGCCAGCCUGAGCACCUGAAACCCAGACACUCAUCAAACAGUGAUGGAUGCAAUGGAGACUAUCCUAACAAGCCCAGUGGUAGCACCGGACAUUUUGAGGGUCAGCGCAAAAGGGUGCACUCAGCACAUGAUUGGCUUGGUUCAGAGCCAGCCCGAGCCACUAGCCCCUGGAAUGCUAGUCAGAGCUUUAUCAACAGCAGCAUCCAGCAUAAGGGUCAGUUCUACUUUGUCACAGGGGUGUGCAAGCAGUCUGAAUCUGGUAUGAGGACAUACUCUGCAUCUGUUUGUGGGUCUGACGCUGGUAGUGAGAGCUCCACUGUGAUCGAGAGACACCGGCUUAGAGAAAGAUGCCACAGUACGAUGGAUGAUUUGUUUAGACCUCUCAAAGAGAGUUCUCCCUCCUCCAGUGAUAUGAUACCAGAUGGGAGGGAGGCUUUCACUUAUGAGAACCAGAGUAAGGACCUAAUCUCAAGGAGCCAGGAUCAGGAGAAUCACAAGCCAUCGCUCUUGAUGCAGUCCUCUCAAAGCUUUGAAUCCUUAGAGGACAUUGACAUGAUGCAUAGUCGAGAGAUUGGCCGCCACACCGCCAAAAACCCUAUAUUCUACUGUGGACCCGACAGAAACUGCCCCCCACAUUCAAGCCAGACACAAACAAAGGAAGUAACAUCAUUGAUCAGCAAUGAACAGCCCAAUCCCCACAAGAGAGAGGAGCAGGCAAAGAGAGGGAAAAGGCAGCCAUUGGGGGAUGUAGCCAGCGAGAGGAUAAACAAAGAAACAACUCCACUUCUGUACCACCUCACUGGAGCCAGCAGGGCAGCAUUAAAGCCAAAAAAGGAUACUGAUUUCAGUAUAAAAGGCAAGGAAGCAGUCCCAAACAAAAUGGGUCAUGGAGAUGUGGCUUUCAACGAUAAUGACAGACCUCCACAAGGUGACACGAGCAAGAACGAUAGAGAGGCAGUGAUCUCUGUUGCCUGUAACACCCUGGAUGACUCAUUUAAAAAGUACUACAAAGAGAAGCUGAAGGAUGCCCAGUCUAAAGUCUUGAGGGAGACCUCAUUUAAAAGGAAGGACCUGCAGCUGUCGUGGCCGCACCGAAUCAGGCAAAAACCUGAGCUGCGGCCUACAGUGAUUCACUCUUUCUCCUCAUCACAGGACUCAGAGACUUCCACAGAUACUCUCACCCCCUCUGUGACCUCUGAGGCGACGGAGAGGGGGAGUGUAAAGGAAGAAGUAAGGGAGAGUCAGAAGGAGAUGGACAAAGAGACUGAAAAGGAAAAAGGGAGGCCCGCUAAUGUAGCUCAGCCCCAGGUGGCACGCAUCGGAGGCAGGAAGCGUUUGACCCAAGAACAGAAGAAGAUGUGCUACUCUGAACCAGAAAAACUCAACCAGCUCGGUGGUGCCCCCAAACACUCUGCUUGCCGCUCCUUUGGCAACGAAAGUGACAGCCUGUUUGCAGUUGAGUGUGAGGGAGAGGAACAUACGCAGCAAGGAGAGCAGGGGCUGGUUGCUGCACGGAGGAAGAUGUUUGAGAUGAGAGGUCGAGCCCUUUCAGCUUCUAGCGCCUCAAAGACAAACCUAAAAAAUCUCCAACACAAGGCCCUGGUGGAGUACAUGGAGCGCAAGACAGGUCAGAAAGUGGCUGAGCCCCAGCAACCAGUGCCUCACCUACCGCCUCCACCCAGACAGAGACACUCUCUGGGUGAGAAACCCUUUGACUGGGGUCCCAGACCUCUAUCAGCAUGUCCUGACGGCAAAAACACCAAGAAGAAACUCCACAGACCCCACUCUGCAGGACGCAUCCUUGACUCCUCCACCAGCUCCAUCAGGUAUGCCCAGUUCUUCUCAGUUCAGUCUUGCUCUGGCCAGUUGAGUCAACCCAGAUGGAGGGAGAGCCAAGGUCCAUCUCAGGGGAAGUCUGUGUCAGUGGAGAGUCUCUUAGACCAACCAGAACCACCUAAUUUCUUCAGGAACAGAUCCACUUCCACACCACAUGCACUUGAGGCGCAAGACUAUGAGACAGAUCCAUUACCAGCUCAUACUAUGGAAACCAGGAGUCCCCAGGAGAAUGCGACUGAAGACCCUGUAGUAACAUCAGUCCCUGAGAGCCAGCAGCGUGUCCGUGUGGUUGCACAGAGGGGAAAGUCCAUGGAAGAGCUUGGGGCAUCGAAGUUAACAAGACCAUCAGCCAUGAGUAAAAGUUCUGAGCAACUGGAUCAACUGUGGAGGCAUUCGAGUGGACCAGGAGGGCCAGAUGGAGAUAAGAGGAAUGUUUCAUUCUUUGCCCAAGUCAGAGAAGCCCAGGGACAGGAAAGAGGGAGUAAGAAACAAUAUGUGUUGGAUCAAGCAGGAAAACAACCCGAGAUCAUUGGUCAGAAAAAGACCCAGGGACAAACACAAAACCAUACUCAGAAAAAAUCCCCGUUAAAGCACAACUCAGAACCAGCACUGGAUAGUGUGGAGGAUACUGGGCCUCUCACCACAGUAGGAACAAGGAAUUCAAGUAGAUCCACCUCUCCGGCCUCCCGCUCCUCGUCUCGGGCCAGGGUUCACUCUGCAUCUCCUGGUUUCCAUGGCUCCGUCACAAAUGAGAUCAGGUCUAGUAGGCCGCCCAGUGAGACUUCUUCUAAUCCACCUUCCCCUAGAGGUCAAGAAACCAGUGAGAGGGAGAUCAAAUCCACAUCGUCAGCCCCCAUCCAGACAAAGCUUCCUUGUGAAAACAGGCUGAGCUCCAGUAGAGUCAGUACUUCCGUUUGUGUAACUGGAUUGGAACGAGAGCAGUCAGUGGAUGAACCGAGCAAUGACGCUCCACCACUUGAUUCAAACCAAGAAGUGUCUCUGAGCUGUGGUGUAACCACAGAUCCAUCGCUGUGGAUACUCCCUCCAGAUGAAGACAUCAAAGAAGAAGUCCUAAAUCUACCGCUGAUAGACGACGUAUUCGAUGACGAGUCUUCAAGCUCAGCCCCUCCUGCGCAGACAAGCGAAACCUCUGUGUCUCCCUGCACCUCUGUCUCCGAUGCAGACAUCAGUCAGCAGGUGGAAGAGGAGAAAAAUCCAGAAAUGGAAGAUGAGAAGUUGGGAGAAAACCAGGAGAUGGAGGAGAGGGGAACACCAGAGGGAGAGACGGAGAGCUUGGACAGGCCUGUCGAGAGACCUCAGUGGGAGGAGCUUGUAAAAGCGGUUGUCAAGGCGGAUCAAUCACUGACCAGAGUACUGUACCCGCUGGCCAAUCGUAAGACGGCACUGAUGCUGAUGGAGCAGCUGCUGUCAGAGGACACGCUGCUGAUGGAGGAGCACUACAAGAAGAAACAGGAGCAGAGGGGCGCUGCAGAAAGCACGGAGACCGUCAAAGCGGCUGAACCAACUUCCUGUCCUUCUGCUCCUGACAACCUUAAAGCUCAGAGUCCAGAGCUGCAGAGCAAAGCUGAUGUCACUGAGAAGAAGCGUCUGUUAGUGUCCUUCAUUGAGGAUCGUCUGCGUACACUUGAAGAAACACGUGGUGCCCUUCAAGCAGAUAUUCAGGAGAACAUGUCCAGUGGUGAGGCGCUAGAGGUGCUGGUCCAAGAGCUCUGUCUUCCCGUGGAGCUGGAAAGGUACAACCUGUUCAUUGGAGACCUGGAGAGGGUGGUCAGCCUGCUUUUAUGCCUCUCUGCCCGGCUGGCCAGGGUCCAGAACGCCCUGAGCACAGUGGACCAGCAUACGGACGCUGAGGAGAAGCAAUCUCUGGACAGUCGCCAUCGUCUGCUGUGCAAACAGAGGGAGGAUGCCAAAGAUCUGAAGGAUAACCUGGACAGGAGAGAGAACCUGGUUUCCACAUUCCUGUCGCGUCAGCUGUCUGCUGAGCAGCUGCAGGACUACCGGCGCUUCGUACAGACCAAGGCCUCGCUACUCAUUCGGCAGAAGGACCUGGAGGAGAAGCAGAGGCUGGCAGAGGAGCAGCUGGAGGCCCUUUCUAACAGCCUCGAUCUUUGAGGAAAGGAGAGCUAAGAAAAAGCAAUGAUGGAUUCUUCAUUUUUCUUGACUUGCCUUAAAAAAAAAAAAAAAAAACACGUAGAGUUUUGACUGUACUUUUCUGGCUCAGUGUGCCACCUAGAGCCACAGGACAUGAAUGCUAAGUGGUCCAGCUGAUAUCUUACUGUCAAGACUUUGGGCUUUUGUCCUUUUAGGUUAUACAUGAGGAGAGCUGUAAAGACUGUUGAGACUUAAGCUCCUUGCCUAUCUGUCAUCUAUAAAGCAGGUUUGUUUUCAAGCCAGGGUGCCCAAAAAAGCUCACCCAAACUCCGCCCAACGCCAUUCUUCAUCAGCACAGUCUGCAUCUAAAGACUUGUACAUGUUUCCUUUGACUUCAAACAGACCACUGAACUGUUUUCUGUGUGCCUUGACAUUGGUGUUGCUGUGGAACCGUUAGAGAUGCUGUGUGGAAACUUUGUGUCCCCUGCUAGCAAUUCAGCAACUGUCCUUCACUUUUCUUUAAGUUUGUAGUGCUACAGCCCUUUAUCUGCACCUGUGGAAACCUAUUAUAAGCUUUAAGAUUGUAUUUUGACCAGUGAGAAGGCUCUGGUGAAAGCGAGUAGCCUGAAAGAGGGGCGGUGUACUGUAUUAUAUCCGUAAAAUGUACAAUAGAUGUAGUAGAUUUAAUCUUUUUCUUUUUUUAAAUGUACUUAUUUUUAAAUGUGUUUCAAUUAAGGCACUAAAAACCAAAAAAGGUGAAUGAAAAAAAGCACUUUGUAAUGAUACAUAAAUGCACAUUUCUUCAAAUCAGAUUUGUUUUCAAAAUCAUGUUUUUUUCAAUUUCAAGUGAAAGCCUUACUCCAUCCCGUUAAACAAUGUUUCUGUUUCAUUUCUUUUUGUUUGUUUUUGUCUGUGAUUUUGAAUAGGAAUGUGGAAAAAAAGUUUUUUUUAUAAAGCACAUCCAGGAACACUGAUUGUGUACAGAUAAGUUUCCAGCUAGUUUCAUAAUUACGUCUUGAUUAUUUCAUGCUGGAGCAGUUCCUCAUACGGAAGUGCCCAACCUCUUAAAACCAGAUUAUAAAUAACAAUUAUAUCAGAGUAUUUUUCUCCCCCCAUCGUCCCUUUGUCACAGAAGUGACACGUGAUACUUGAAAUGCUUUUUUUUUUAAAGAGGAAAGUCCACAAACUUCACUUCAGGUGUCUUAAACUAAUUUUAUAUGAUCUACCUCCACAUGUAGCCCCUUUUGACACACAUAACCUUUAAAUGUAUUGACAUAUACACAGUAAUAGCCCUCAAUCACAUAUAAUGAAAACAAACAUAUA